AUGGCAGAUACCAAUAUUUCAAAAAAUAAUUUGGAAAACAUCCAUGAGUCAGAGGGAUCUUAUAGAAGUAAUGAAGGUGAUUCCAACACUCAACUACUUAAUGAUUAUUUAAAAAUGACUAAAAUGCAGAACUUGAGUUCACAGGCAAAAACAUUAAAGGAACUAGCUUAUCAAUCUAAAAAAGAAAUUUCAGCAGUAAUUUCAUUUACUAGAAAAUAA